UUGGUCUCGUUAGUCCUGCUCCGCUCCCUGUGUCUUCCCCAGCCAAUCAGCUCCCAGCCUGCCCUUGUGUCUUGCCACCUGUUCCUUGUUGUUUUCCAGUUCAGUUUUGUUGGAUCCUUUGUUCUGCUCUACUUUGUAGUACAUACAGUAGCUGGGUAUAGUUAAUAGGCACAAUAUUUUACAAUUUUACAAUUUCAUUUAGCAGACACUUUUAUCCAAAGCGACAUACAUCUGAGAGCUGAUACAGCACAAGCAGGGAUCUAGUAAGGAGGCAACAACACGUUAAAGAAAGGCCAGUAGCAGUAAUGAGUGAUUCGACUCACAAGGUGGAGCUCUACGUUUUCCACACGAUCCGCCACUACGCCUUCGACCGCAUGAUGAAGAGCGCCGACUUCUUCCUGCUGCAGUCCAACUCGCAGUACGUCACCUGGUGGUCGGUGGCCCUCAGCCUCCUCAUCGUCACCUCCGGGUACCUGCAGCUCCUCUUCCUCAAAAGACUCUUCAUCACCAAGACCGGCACUGAGAACGAGAAACCUCGCUGCUGACACGCUCAGUGUCCUCUGGAUGUUUAGAAACAGGCCAGAAUGAAGCCAACGCCAACAGAUCUGUGUAAAAAAAACACCACAAAAUCUGUCUGUUUGUAUGAUAGAAGUGGAGCCACAAAUUAUACUGAUAAACUGUGGUGACUUUUCUUUCUGGUAUUGUAUCUGUGUGCUUGUUUUUCUCUACACAAUAUAAAUAAAUGUUGCCAUUAGA